ACUCUCUUCUUCAUUAUCUCCUUCCUCACGCUUUCUCUUCAUUUUUGAUUCUUCUCAUUACUCUGUCUUUGUCAUUCUCAACACGCCCUCUAAAGUUUCGUGACGAUUUCGAACUGUUCUUGUCAAUGGGGGUUGAUUACUACAAUGUACUCAACGUGAAUCCAACCGCAACCGAAGACGAUCUAAAGAAAUCGUAUCGAAGACUUGCGAUGAAAUGGCACCCUGACAAAAACCCAAUUUCAAACAAGAAAGAAGCUGAAGCUAAGUUCAAACAAAUCUCCGAAGCUUACGAUGUUUUAAGCGAUCCUAAUAAACGUCAGAUCUAUGAUCAAUACGGUGAAGACGGACUUACCGCGACAGAAACGGCGUCGUCUCAACAACAGAAUUACUCUUCUGGUAACAACAAUAACAAUGCGGGAUUUAGGUAUUAUCCACGUGAUGCUGAAGAUAUUUUCGCUGAGUUUUUUGGUGCCUCUGAGAAAGUCUUUGGUGGCGGUGUCAGCGGUGGCGGGAGAUUUAAAAGUGCGGAGGCGGGAAGUCAGACGAAUAGAAAAACUCCGGUGAAUAGGAAAGCUCCGGCGAUUGAAAGUAAAUUGGCUUGUACUCUUGAGGAGUUGUAUAAAGGUGGGAGGAGGAAGAUGAAGAUUUCCCGCGUUGUUCCUGAUGGUUUUGGAAAGACAAAACCAGUGGAAGAGAUCUUGAAGAUAGACAUAACACCAGGAUGGAAGAAAGGAACAAAGAUAACUUUUCCAGAGAAAGGAAACCAAGAACCCGGUGUUACUCCCGCGGAUCUCAUAUUUGUUAUCGAUGAGAAACCGCAUUCGGUUUACAAAAGAGACGGUAAUGAUCUGAUUGUAGACAAGAAAGUUUCACUGUUGGAGGCUUUAACAGGGAUCACUCUUAGCUUAACAACACUAGACGGGAGGAAUCUGACUAUCCCGGUUUUGGAUAUCGUUAAACCGGGGCAGGAGAUAGUGAUUCCUAAUGAAGGAAUGCCCGUUUCUAAAGAAGUUUCAAAGAGAGGAGAUCUGAUAAUCAACUUUGAGAUUUGUUUCCCCUCGAGGCUAACAUCGGAACAGAAGAUAGAUCUCAAGAGAGUUCUUGGUGGUAGCGGAAUUGGCGCUUCUUGAAUUUAAAAGUCAAUUCAGUGUACAUACAUAUACAGAAUUGAUCGGUUUUCGAUUUUGAUCUCCUCUCUUGAUGGCGAAAUAGUAAAGAGGAUUGAGUGUU